AUGCCUUCAUUAUCUGUCGACAGAAUUUUGUUCGUAGAAUCACUGGGAAAAGAUCUUAGUGACAAUGAGAUCGAAGAUCUGACCUUUGAUUUUGGAGUAGAAUUAGAUGAAAUUUAUGAAGAAAAUGGCAGGAAAAUGUUGAAGUUUGACAUUCCAGCAAAUCGAUACGAUCUUCUUUGUCUAGAAGGAUUUUCAACGGCUCUGCGAGCAUAUUUAAAUCUAGAACGAUUUAAGGACGUUACAGUUGUUGAACCAACCAUCAAGGUUAAAAAAUACAAGACACAUGAAAGACCUUUCAUAGCUUGUGCUAUAAUCAAGGGAAUCAAAUUUACCAAAGAUAGCUAUGCAAGUUUCAUAAGCUACCAGUCAAAGCUUCAUAGUUCAAUAGGCAGAAACAGGUCUCUUGUUGCAAUUGGAACACAUGAUUUAUCAAAAAUUAAAGGUGAAGUUACUUAUCAAAGCGCCGAUCUAAGUCAAGUAAAUUUCAUACCUUUGCAAUUGGGAAAUGCUGAAAAAUGCAAAAUGAUAAAUGGGAUGGAUUUGGAGAAACACUUUUCAAAGGAUAAGCAAAUUUCAAAAUACUUUGGUCUUUUGAGUGAUAAAAGUCGUGCUGUUAUGUUCAAGUGCGGAGAGUGUGUUAUGUCUUUACCUCCAAUUAUAAACUCUGAAGCCACAAAGAUCUCACCUGAAACGACAGACAUCUUUGUAGAUGUUACAGGCAGUGAUUUCAACAAGGUGAACACGGUUUUAAAACAUUUAUUGUAUAAUUUCAGAGGAAAAGUGGUGGAAAAGGUUAAAAUAUGCAAUGCUGAAGAUAAUACAGAAAUUUCCACACCUGUUUUCAACAAUUAUAAGUAUUCAAUCAAUAUUGACAAAGUCAAUGAAAAAUUACAUUUAAGCUUAUCAGCUCAACAAAUCAAAGAUCUUCUUGAAAGGAUGAUGUAUAAAGUAGAUGUUACCGAUAGAAGCAUAAGUAUUUUAGUUCCUGAUGCGAGAUCUGAUAUACUCCACGAAUGUGAUAUUUUGGAAGAUAUAGCCAUAGCCUAUGGUUUCAACAACUUUGAUCUUAAACUUCCUGAAAUAUGCACGGUUGGAAAGGAGACACCCGAAAAUAAAUUUUCAGACAAGCUUAGAGUUGAGAUGGCACUUAGUGGAUACAAUGAAGUUCUAACCCUUACACUUCUUUCAAGAAAUGAGAAUAUUAUUGAUUCUGACCUUGCAGCUGUUCUUUCUAAUCCAAAAUCAAAGGAAUAUGAAGUUGUUAGAACAUCCUUAUUGCCUGGAGUUUUGAAAUCAAUUUCUUCAAAUCUUCACGGUAAAAUUCCAAUCAAGGUUUUUGAAGUUGCUGACGUUGUACUUCUUGAUAGUACAAAUAAUGAGGGUGCUAGAAAUGAGAGAAGAUUGUGUGCGGUAAUAGCUUCAAACAAAAGUCUAUUAGAAGAUGUCCAAGGACCAUUGAGCUUGUUACUUGGAAAAUGUGGAAUAAAAGAGUAUAAAUACAUAGCCUUUUCUGAUUAUAGGUAUUUGGAAAAUCAGGCAGCAAUGGUUGAAGUUGAUGGAAAAAUGAUAGGUAGUAUUGGUGUUUUACAUCCCAGUAUUUGCCAGAAGUUUGAAAUACCUUAUGCAGCAAGCUCUUUUGAGUUGAAUUUGGACAGUCUAUUUGAUAUUUUUAUUAAAUUGAGAUAA